UGCUGUGACCCGUGACCCAUAAAAAGGUUUCGCCUGCUCGGCUUCAGAAAUCCGAGCUUUUCAGUUUUUUUCCAGGAGACUGCAGGACAUCUAAGAUGGGAACAGCCUUAAUUUACGACGAGGAGAUGACCCGCUACAAACUGCUUUGGUUAGAUCCAGAUUGUGAGCUCGAGAGGCCCGAGCGUCUGACAGUGAGUUAUGAAGCAUUGGUCCAGAGCGGUCUGGCUGCUCGAUGCAUCUCCGUACCCGUCCGCAAAGCCACAGACGACGACAUUCUCCUGAUUCACAGCGAGGAGUACCUGGAAGCGGUGAAGAAGACGCCGUACAUGACUCUGGAAGACCUGAGGGAGUUCGCUCUGAAAUAUGGAUACGUCUAUUUCCACCCAAACAGCUAUCACUGCGCCUUAUUGGCAGCGGGAGCCGCACUGCAACUGGUGGACGCCGUGAUGAGCGGGAGGGUGCGAAAUGGCAUGGCUCUAGUCAGACCCCCGGGGCACCACAGCAUGCGCAGUGCCGCCAACGGCUUCUGCGUGUUCAACAAUGUGGCCAUAGCAGCCAAAUACGCCCAACAAAAAUACGGCGCUCAAAGGGUGCUGAUCGUUGAUUGGGACAUACAUCACGGUCAGGGGGUGCAGUAUGCGUUUGAGGAGGAUCCAAGCGUGCUUUAUUUCUCUUGGCACCGCUACGAGCAUCAGAAAUUCUGGCCUGAACUCAGAGAAUCGGACUAUGACAGUGUCGGCGAGGGCAAAGGUGCUGGCUUUAAUAUCAAUGUGCCUUGGAACAAGGUUGGCAUGCGGAACGGGGACUAUCUUGCCGUCUUCUGUCACGUCCUUCUGCCCGUCGCCUACCAGUUUUGCCCGGACUUGGUACUGGUGUGUGCGGGCUUUGACUCUGCCAUUGGGGACCCAGAGGGUGAAAUGCGCGCCACCCCAGACGUCUUCGCCCACCUCACCCACCUGCUAAUGAACCUCGCCGAGGGAAAACUGUGCAUGGUGUUGGAGGGCGGAUACAACUUGACUUCUCUCGGCCAGUCCGUGUGUGUCACGGUUCAAAGUCUACUGGGCGAUCCGGCGCCCCGGCCCGCCAACCUUCAAGGACCCUGUCAGAGCGCGCUGGAGUCGGUUCAGUGUGUGCGCGCAGCUCAUCGCAAGUAUUGGUCGUGUCUCAAGCAUGCAGCUGAAGCGCCCCCUUCGGACGUCAGCACGAAGCGCAUUAAGAUAGAAGAAAAGCUCCAAAGCGGUGAAGCAGCUGAAGGCAAAGACCACGUCACAUGGCCCGAGCCUGAGAAGUGUGUCGCGCCUCCCGUACGCACGGCGGUGGUGAUCCCCGAGGACGUGGAUUGUCCGGACGGCUGCCAACGCUUCCACCUGCCUAAUAAUGCCCGCUCGCACUCAACCAAAGAUGAUUUUGAAGGUGAUGCUGUCACGAAACUAUCCAGUCUUACUGCGCUUGCUGGGGAAAUGGAGAAAAAUGAGAUCCGCAAUGGCUUGGCCUUGGUCAGUGACGUCUCUGUGGCACUGGAGACGGUCAUCAAGCAUGCAACCGCUCUCAAACAACGUGUUUUGGUUGUAUGCGUUGGAGGCAAUGGAGUCAUGAGUCACCUGCCAGAAGAUGGGACAACGCUUACAGUAGACAUCCACAAGGGGGCGCUAGAGAUGCCUAGGUGCAAACAUUAUAUACCUGUGAGUCUGAAGAACGGCUGCGGCGAAACUUCGGGGUUGGUGCAGGCCACAUUCGGGCUCCUCCUGCCUCUGGCCUACGAGUACGACCCCGCUCUGGUGCUGCUGGCGCGAUUUCCCGGCACAGGCGGCCCCAGCGAAGACGCGUGGCAGCAGCUGGUCUGCCUCCUUGGCGGCCUGGCUCGCGGUCACAUGCUUGUGCUGGUGCAGGAGGAUGAAAAGGCUUUAGUCGAGCCAACAGCAUCGUCCCUCUCUGGGAAUCCCGCGCCAAGUCUAGGGCAACUUCCUGCUCCGGUAACUGAAGAUGUUGAGGCACUGGAGCGUUUGAGACUCCACCUUCAGGCCGAAUGGACGCUGCUGAGGACUUCAGUACAAGAAAGUGGAAGUGAGGACAAGUGAAGCUUCAAUACGUAUUCCUUCCAUUGCAUUUCAAGAACAUGGUCCAGGGCAGACAUGCUAAUCAUAGGAACACUGCCAGUGUUUAUUCAUAUUCCAUCCAUUCUUAUUUUAAUUUUAUUUUUUUUAUAUGUUUUAUUUUUUUUGAUAUGGUGCUUGUCAUUCUGGUUGUGGGUAAACUGGAGUCAAUCCCUGCUGACUGAGCCAUAGGACACAUUUACAAAUCUUCAAUGAACAAUUUUUCGUUGUUGUUUUGAGACAUCUUUUUAUACAAAAUUAAAAUAAUUCAUAUGAAUCCGA